AUGCAUAUAUCAAGUUGUCGAGUGUACUAUUUAAUUCCAGUUUUUCUAUUGAUAAUCAAAUGUAUCAAUGGCCAAACAACAAGUUUUUCACGAAAUUCAAACCGUGUUGAGUCUCUUUCUAUAGAAACAACAACGACUUUUAUGUCGAAUGAUACAUAUAAUUCUAUUGGCAAUAAUAAUUACGAAAGGACGAAUAACACGUUAAUUAAUAGUAAAUCUAAUGUGGCUAACAACGGUAAUCCAGCAUUUUCAAAUAUAUUGACUAAUGAAACUACAAUAGAAAGUACAUUUUUGACAGUCACCCAUAUUGAAACAUAUACAACAUCUCCUCUGAAGACUUGUGAUUUUAAUAGAUCUAAUGAUAUCGUUGUUAAAAAUCGAACUUCAUCUAUGUUUACAGCUCUUAUUACUUAUAAUAAUUGUUCAUCGAUAAAUUCAUCUGAAUUAUUUGUCUUUGUCAGUGAAUCAGUUGUAGAAAAUUGUUUUGUUACUGAAGACAUACCACAUAAUAUGGAUGAUACUAUUAUUAAUGUUACUUGUGAAAAUAUUAUGAAUAAAGCUGGUCGAGAUUGGACAUUCAAUAUUGGUUCUAAAUUUUUUCAUAACCAAAUUAUUUUCAAUGAAAUAUUUAUCGUUACGUUAGAACCUUUAUCUCUUAAUACAUCAACAUAUAUUGAUGUAAUGAUUGAUAAAAAUUUAACAUCAGCAUUAAUCUUUAUACCAAAUUGUGCAGAUAUAAGUGAUAUAGAAUAUCUUAUAUUUCGUUGUAGUGAUUCAAAUGGGACACUUUCAGAGAAUUGUACAUAUACAUGUUCUAAUAUUCAAUUCGGUUCAAUAUAUAAUUUAUCAUUAGUUCGAUUACCUAUUCCAAUAGCAGAUGAAGAUAAGAAUUUUUUUCCAGAAGAAAAUCUUUAUAAAGAAUUUCAAACAAAUCUUGAUAAAGUAACAAACUUCACGUUUAAAGAUGAUUAUCAAGAUAGAAAAACAGCACAAAUUUAUUUUAAUCAUCCACGUGGAAAUUUCGAUGAAAUUUAUUUAAAUUGUUCUACACAAGAUCAACAUUGUUCAAAUAAUAUAAGUAUAUUAACGAAUACAACUGGAAAUUGUUCUGAGUGUGAUUCUAUUACGAUUUCUCCUAUAAUAAGAGGAGUUUCAUACCAAUGUCAAGCAAUAACUAUUAAAGAAAAUUUCAUAAAUGUAACAUCUGAUCAAUUCUCUUUCAGAACCGAUCUUGAACCAGUACUUUAUGAAAAAGAAGGAGAAAAAUGGUUCUCAAAUACAACUAAAUUUGUUUUUAAUGUAACUCAACAAAGUGAUUUUGAUCGUCUUGAAUCAAUUUGUAUUACUGAAAAUAAUAUAUAUCCAUGUCAAAAUUUGGCAAAAGAACAUAAUCAAUGUAUAACAACACUUGAAAAUGAUGGUAAUCUUGGAUGUAAUUAUCAAUGUUAUUUUAUUACUAAAAAAUCGAAUUAUAGCAAUAAAUUUUCCAAAAAUUUUACAAUGGAUAUUUUUCCUCCAACACCAAAUUUAAGUUUAAAUAGCAAAACAUCUCGAUCCAUAACAGUUAAGUGGGCAAUAAGUCAACCAGCAUAUGUUGAAUGUUUUGAAUUACUUCUAAAUCAAACUCAAUCUGUUAAUCUCAGUAAAACAACAUUUUCAUAUACAUGGAAAGAACUUUUACCUAAUCGACAAUAUAAAUUUCGUCUACUACUUAAUUCAAAGCAUAUACGUUCUUCUCAACGUUUGUUUGUAAAAACAUUAGAGGAUGCACCCGAAAAACCAACUGAUGAUGACACAAUAAAUAAAAUACUUCCAAUAGACAAUGAUACACAAUCGCAAAGUGAACAAUAUGUCAUUGAAAUAGAUCCAUCAUUAUUUUCAAAUGAUAAUGGAAUCAUAUAUUACUAUCGGAUUUAUAUACGUCAAGAUCUACGUAAGAAUACGUCGGAACCAGAUUUGAUCGGAACAUAUUAUGCUGCUUUAAAAAAUAAUUCAAUUGAUUAUUUGGCUUUUAAUAUUACAAUAUCACCGCCAAAUAAUUCUUUUCUAACAGAUGAUAAUAAACUUCGUUUAAUAAUUGGUAAUGACACAUGUCGAAAUGAUUCUAAUGAAAAUAUUCCGUGUAAUGGAAAAUUGAAAGCAGAUACUACUUACAAAAUUAUUGUUAAUGCUUGUACGAAAGUAGGUUGUAGUUCUGCACUUUCAAAAUCAUUUCAGACGAAGAUUCAAAUUCAACCCCAAAAUUCAUCAAAAGCAAUAAUAUGGUUUAUUAUAAUUCCUAUAUUAGUUGUAUUGAUUGUUGCAAUUUUCAUUACAUGGCAACGAAAACAUAUUAAAAGUUUAUACCUUGAAAUCAUAAACUCGGAUAGACAACCAAAAUUACUUAUUGAGUAUUUACACAUAAAUCAAGAAGUUGAAAAUGAAAUAUAUGAUGAAUUCAAGGAAUUAGAAAGAAUUUCUCCUCAAUAUCAUAAAUCAGAUUAUGAUCCGAAAUUGGCUGUUUAUGAUCGUUACAAAAAUAUUCCAGCUCGUGGAACAUGGGAACAAACAGCAGUUUGUUUAACAGGUCAACAUCGUUCGCAUGAUUAUAUUAAUGCAAAUAAAAUCACAAGUUUUGAUAAAAAAAGAACAUAUAUUGCAUGUCAAGGUCCAUUAGAAGAUACAUGUCAAGAUUUUUGGGAUAUGAUUAUUCAAUACAAAUCGAAAUGUUAUUCUUAUUUUCCAAAUGGUAAGGGUGAACAAUUAAAAUUUCUUAAUAUUAUUGUAAAAGUGAAUCAUAUUGAAAACUAUUCUCAUACUAAUCUGGAAAUCCGUCAUUUAUCUAUAAGACACUAUGAUGUAAAACAUGAUGUUAUUCAUUAUUAUUAUACUGGCUGGUCGGACUUUAGUGUUAUUGAAGCAACAAAAUUACUUGCUCUAAUUGAAAGAGUCAAUAAACAUGGAUCAUCACCAUCUUCAGUUUGUAAUAGAACAACAAAUAGUUUAUUACCAACACCAAUCGUUGUUCAUUGCAGUGCCGGUGUUGGUCGAACAGGUACUUACCUAACAGUAGAUACAAUUGUUCGUCUACUUGAUCGUCCUGAUAAUGAAUUAAUGACGUACGAACUUGAUGUUAUGGGUAUUGUAUAUCAAUUAAGACAUCAAAGAGUUAAAAUGGUUCAAACAAAAGAACAAUAUUUAUUGAUAUAUCGUUGUGUAGAACAACAUUUGAAACAAACUAAUCGAUUAGAUGUUGUUUUACAAGAAUCACCUAUAUACGUAAAUUUUGGAGAUCUUCCAUCGAAAUUAACUUCUAAUAAUUAUAUGAAUAUUUCAAUAGUUAACGAUGUAAAAAUAAAUCGUUCAAAUAUUGAUCCACCACGAUGUGAUGUUAAUUCAGAAAAUGAAAGAUUGUCUUCAGAACGAUCAAAUACAAUAUUACAUGUUUAUAAUCACCAGGAUCGAUCUUAUACUAAAACACGACGACCAACACGUGAUUCAUUGCAAAAUAAUUAUUAUCCUAAAAUAGAACAUGAUAAUAAGAACGAUCAUCCACAACCACGAUUACCACCUCGACGAAGUAUUAGUAUACAACCUUUGCCUAAAAUUCACGAACAGAAUUUUUAA